AUGGACGAAUUGAAAUUGAAUCCUGCUUGGUAUGACAUCAAGAUUAUUUAUCGUUACCCACAAGAAGUCCUUCAUGAACGGAUAAAUUAUGGGUAUAUGGCGAUCAAAGAAGAUAAACAUGUAAAGAUGAUGUUUAAUAGGAUCCAGAAAAUGCCCCAAGUAAAUGCUGUUGAGUUGUAUGUAAGUUUGGAGGCGCCUGCAGAUAACACUAUUGAGGUGGUGCAAGAAACAACUACGGCUUUACAAUUUACAGCCCUAGAUGAUGGAUGCACUACAAUGGGAGGGUAUACGAUGGGAGGGUAUACUGCACAAGGGUAUACGAUGGGAGGUUAUACGCUCCCAUCUCAAGAUCAUGUUGCUAAUACUAGUGAAACCCUCUAUCGUGAAGAGACACAUUUAGAGGAGGAAGACGAAGACGAAGAUCAUGUUGCGAAUGAUGGUGAAAAUGUUGAGGUUGUGGAUGAGUACGAAGAGAGGAUUGAGCAAGGCGACUUUGAGAACGAUGUGGAUGAACAUGAAGUCGUUCCCAAUUUUGAAGAGGAAAAUAUGGAGGACCAUGAUGAAGGUGAUGCAAAUGAUGAUAUUGGUGUCCAGUAUAAUAGAAAUACGACCACUGGCUACAGACCUCCUGCUGAGUCAUUCUACUCAAAUACGUGGGAAGAUAUGGUUGAUCCUUCACGUCUUCAGAUACCAUUUGUCUCUACUUGGGAAGAUGGGAUGCAUUUUUCUAAAGGGUUGACUUUUGCAAAUAAAGAUGCGGUGAAGCAUGCAUUGAUAAUAUACGCAGCAAAGGAUAAUAGAAAUUUUAUAAUCCGGAGGUCGACCAAAACGAAAUUGUGCGCCGCAUGUGUUGAUGACAACUGCAUGUGGUAUGUUGGGGCAUACAUGAAGACUAAAUUCAAUGGUAUGUGGAUGGUUACGUCUUAUGUGGGUCCACACACUUGUAUACCCUUUGGCCUAAAAAGAGAUGGUAGAAUGAUGGAUUCGCAUUUUGUUGCAUCAGAAAUUGUGGGAAAAUUGCAAAAAAAUCACACUACACGUAUUGAUGACCUAUGGGAGAUCAUACGUACUAAGUAUAAUCAUGAGCUUUCUUACUAUAAAGUAUGGGACGCAAAACAAAAGGCAAUUGCUAAGAUAUUUGGGGAUUGGGAGGAGUCUUACCAAAAGUUGCGAAAGUUGUUGUUGGCAUACUUGGAUGAGGACUCAGGUACCCAGUACAGCUAUCACACCAUACCUAGGCCAGACGAAGGUACUGCGGUACUACGCUAUGUAUAUUGGGCAUUCGCUCCAUGCAUUGCUACAUUCCAAUAUUGCAGGCCAGUGAUUAGUAUUGACGGGACUCAUCUGUAUGGUAAAUACAAAGGGGUAUUGAUGAUUGCAAUGGCAACCGAUGCUAACCAAAAGGUUUUGCCUCUCGCCUUCGCUGUUGUGAACAAGGAGUCAGGGGCUAGUUGGGGGUGGUUUUUAGAGUGUCUCAGGACUUCCAUAGAGCAUGUCAUACCUAACGAUGGCAUUUGUAUUAUUUCUGACCGACACAAAGGUAUCAAAUGUGCCAUUCGAGAGUGGCCUAGACGUGAGGACGGAAGAGAACAGGUAUAUCACCGAUAUUGCCUUCGACAUGUUGCUAGCAACUUCAACAGACACUUUGAUAACCCGAUUCUAAAGACAUUGGCCUUGAAAGCUGGAUAUGCGAGUAAUGAAGCUAAAUUUAAGUCCAUAAUGCAAACCAUUAAGGAGGCCGAGAUUAAUUUACUGAGGGGUGUAGACCCUACUGAUACGCGGAUUGAACGUUAUAUGCCAUACACAUAUCUAGUGAGUGAGGAUGUGGAGAAAUGGACCCAGUCACAUGAUGGUGGAAGACGUUAUGGGGCAAUGACAACCAAUAUCUCCGAGUGCUUUAAUGGGGUACUUAAAGGUGCCCGCGGUUUGCCCAUUGCUGCAAUGGUUCAUUUCACUUGGUGCAAACUUGUUGCAUAUUUCCACGAUCGACAUAAACAAAUUACUUCUGAUCUCUCUUGA